AUGAAUAGUGAAUUAAAAAUUAAAGGAACCAGAUUGUCUGGUAGAGUAUGGAAAGGAACAUCAAAACCAGUUCGAUCAAUUAUAUCAAAAAGUUUUAAAAAAAUGUCAAAGGAUAAGAUAAGAGGGAAAUGGUUAAAAUCUAAACUAAUAAAAGAAGAAAUGGAAGAAAUCAAAAAGGAAGCUAAGGAAUUAAUAGAGAAAGAUAAAGAAGAAAAAAAGAAAAGAGCAAAAGUAAUAAAAGAUAAACGUAAGAAAAAAAUUGAAAAUGAAAUUAGAUCAGCAGGAAAGAAUUUGAUAGUCAUUGGACAAAAAAAAUUCUCUAAAAUGUCAAAAAAAGCAAGAAAAGGAUUGACUAAAUUAACCCCUGAAAUGAUCGCCAUUUUAAAAUCAAACAAAAGAUUGUAA